AUGAAACACGAAAACGUGCCCACAACUCACGACUGUGGAGGCUCACUACACCACGCUGAUCCUGCUCAUCUCCACGCUCCCUUCAUGUCCGCGCUAACACCCACGCCUGAGCACAUCUGCUCCCUCAAAUGUCAACACAGCUCACACUCCCGACUGUCCUUUGAUACUGCCAGCUCGAGCCGCCGCCCCGCUCACCCAACUUCUCGAGCUCCAAGUUUCACCUUGCUACCGUUUGUGCAGGAUCGUCUUACAAACAUCUGGGCGCACACACUGCAAACAUUCGUGAAACAAGUAUUCUCCAUCCACCGCUGA